GCAGUAACUGUUAUUGGUGUUGCGCUGCUUGCUCAGCAGUGCAAUUUCCUUUCAGCUCUCUUUUCAAGGAAGUGAAACCACUGUGAUGUAUUUUUGCGUUCUGAGGUGCCAAAGCGAAAUGAAGCACUGCAGGCAGGGGAGAAAGGUAGCUGAGGGGAGCUGCUCCAACCGUGACGGGGGAAAACCCCAUAUUCAUUCUGUGAUAGCUUCUGACAGCAUUUCAAAGCACGUGUGUUGCCUUUAGCAGUAAGUAAGCCUCAGGCCAGUCUUCACCUCUGGUGUUUUGCUGCCUCUCUUUCUGCUGUCAGCAUUAACAAUUUCAGUUCCAUUUGAUGAGCAAUGGCCACAGAUGUCUUCAACUCCAAAAGUCUGGCCAUUCAGGCCCAAAAGAAGAUCCUUGGAAAAAUGGUGUCCAAAUCAAUAGCAACUACUUUGAUCGAUGAUACAAGCAGUGAUGUUUUAGAUGAGCUCUACAGAGUGACAAAGGAAUAUACACAAAAUAAAAAAGAAGCAGAGAAAAUCAUCAAAAAUCUCAUUAAGAUAGUCCUCAAAUUGGCCAUUCUCUACAGGAACAACCAAUUCAAUCAGGAUGAAAUAGCAUUGAUGGAGAAGUUCAAGAAGAAGGUUCAUCAGCUGGCUAAGACCGUGGUCAGUUUCCAUCAGGUGGAUUAUACCUUUGACAGGAAUUUUUUGUCCAAACUGUUAAACGAUUGUAGGGAGCUACUUCAUGAAAUCAUUCAGCGUCACCUAACUGCAAAGUCACAUGGACGUGUCAACAAUGUGUUUGAUCACUUCUCUGAUUGUGAAUUUUUGGCUGCCUUGUACAAUCCCUUUGGACCAUAUAAACUCCAUUUGCAGAAACUUUGUGAUGGUGUCAACAAAAUGCUAGAUGAGGGGAACAUAUAAGUACUUGUAUUAAAGUUGACUGCCUAUGCAUUAUUUGUAGAUGGAACACUGUUGAUUUAUGAAGGAUUAAGGGAGCAUGCAGAAAGGUGUUUUUUCUACAUUAUGAUAAAUAUUUCAAAAGUAUCUUUAUUAAAUUGAUUCCUUUCUAUGAGCUAUCUGUUGCUAUUCACAGCCCAUCUGGGAGAAAGACCGCACAUGACUUCUUUUAUUGUGCUUUGCUACAGAAACAGCUGGAUAAAGACAAUAACACAGAACAGCCCAAUUAGAGGAAAAGUCUUGCAAGAUAAGAUACACAAAACAAAAUAAUAAACUGUCAGACAGCCCAAAUCUUUCAUACACUUACAAAGUUAUUUCAAUUAUUAGAGCCCAGUAAUGUUAGUAACAGACUAUCAUGGUAAUAGUACACUCUAUAGUUUCUUUGGCUUAUUUGUAAAAUAUGUAUUUGAAUCAUUUAGUCUUUUACGCUCCCUGCACAGAUCACAGCUUCCUAGUGUUGCCCUUAUGAAGCAUUCAGUUUUAAAUAAUAUCAGUGAUGUUGUAGAGUGUUAAUGGGCUUGUUCAUCUCCAGCUCAGUGGUGAAAACUUCCUGUCUGCAAGGCUAAGUAUAUAGACCUGCACAGAUGUUUGCUUCCUUUGAAUAUAUGGGGAUUAUUUGAGGAAUAAGCUACAGUAAAAUAGCCUAGCAGGGGAAAAGUAUUCCCUAGGAAACACCUGCGGUACAUAAUGUUAUGUGAUAAGGUAGAACACAGUGACUGACCUGUGCAAUUCCUUAAGAUAUUUAGAAUCCUGCUAAGAGGUCAUAAUUCUGUUUGAAAAGGUGUGAGUCAUUUAUACUUUAUACAGUAGGCUGAUGUGUAUGAUGAUGUGAAUUCAGAAAACUUAAUCAUCUGAAAAUAAAUUCCAAGCCAGUUUGCUUUGUGUACAAUUAAACUAGAAAUAGAAAUUGGUUUUAUUGUUGUGUUAUAUACUGUUUAACUAAUGGAAAAAUGGCAUCUUGAAUAAAUUCUUUUCUUGUUUUCUCCCUUCCUACCUUUCAUUCUUUUUCUCCCUCAUCUGCUCUCUGACUUGGGGAUAAAAUAAUGUGACUUUCUAGACACUGUAUUGUACUUUAAAGCAUGAAUUUAAUACAUUUCAAACACCUGAAGACUUUUUUUUUUUUUUUGGAAGCAUAUAAAGAAUUUCCUGUUUAUUUAAUUGUGAAUGUUUUUGCUGUUUGCUGUGUCCUUUUGUUUUAAUGAGUAAACCAAAGACUAUUUGCACUCCAAACUUUUUAUGCCUUUUUCUUCUCCUUUGUUGCAUUUUUAAUUAUAAAGAACAAACCUGGCCUGUCUUGGCAAUCACAGCCUCUGACAUGUACUUUCAGCAUUAUUUUUGAUUUUUUUUAAGAGAGAAAGUUCACUUUUAUUCAUGGUUUGUUUUUUUUUUGGUCACUAGGCUCUCACUAGUCCAAGAAAGGUGCCAGAGAAGUGUGUGUUCAAAAUGUGAACUCAUGAUAUACAAGCCACUAGUGUCUAGCAGAGACAGAAAAUAAAUGUAUUACUAGGCUGGAAUGACUAGGAACUGAUGUCAGGAUAGUGCACCAAAAUUUGCUAGGAUGUAUAUUAUUAGCAUGACAUCCGAUGGGAUAUAGUUUAGGAUCCCUUCCCAUGUUUCACUUAACAAGUAAACACAUUGUACAUUUGUCCAUCAAAAUUGUGCGGAAAAAUGCAACAGCAUGAGGAAAAUCCUACAAAUUCUAAAGACUACAGCCUUCUUCCGCUUAGAAAUAGAAAGCUGUUUUCUUUCCUAGUUCUCUCUGAGGUGAGAAUAAAAAGGAACUUGACUUUAGAAAUUGAAACAGUUUGCUUUACAAAUUCUAUUUCUAAAUCAUGUUCUAGUUCUCCAAAACAGCAUAGUAUACGGAAUGGUAACAGUUAGUGCAAGGAUGUCAGGACAGUACCUGUUUUACAACCAGGAGCAAUAUAUGUACGUGCUGUGUAAACACGGAAGAUUUUCUUCAGCCAGACCAAGAAUGUGUUAACUGAUCAAAUUUAAAUUUUCUCCGUGACAAAAAUGUCUUAAAUGAUCUUUUUACAUUGUUGAGGAACACCUACUGACGUGUAUGUAGUCCAGAUAGAUAUAUUUUCAGGAAUACAGUACCUUCUUACUCAGUUGCAUUAUCUGGCCGUAUACUUUCUAGAAAAAGUGAAAGUUGCUCAAAGAGAUUUGAUUACAAGCAUAAAAACUUGACAAUUAGGAGAAGUUAUAUUUAGCUCACAGUCUAGUUACAUUCUUUGGAGAUGCUGUAACAAUAGUUCUUGUCUGGCAUUCAUUUUCAAUUACAAAGAGACUUCUGUAAUGACAAAAGAAAAUAAAUGUACUGGAUUUCCAAAGACCUACCUUUAUAGAUAACAGAACAUAGCAGUUAAGCUGUUAAUUUAUUAUUUUCAAUAGCAUACAGAAAUAACAGCUUUAAUUAUCAAAAAUCUGAACUAAAUUGAUAGUAUUUUUCCUUGCAAGACAGUGGGAACACAUAUGUUGUCAUAUUAAAGCAUCAGCCUAAAGCAUCAGCCCUUUAGCAAGAACUUGAUGUGUUCUUUGUCUAGCUGAGCUUAAAAAAGGUUACAGAGGUACUGUUCAAUUAUGGGCAGCAUAAAGCUACUACUCUGCUGUAAAC